AUGACGGAAAAGCUCACGACGAUGACCGUGCGAAGGUUCCGGCUGGUGGCUGCGACCACGGUUCUGCUGCUGCUCCUGGUGGUGCUCCACGGUGUGCCCCGGACGAGCGGCUACAUGAUCAUAGCAAGCGAGGACGACGAACCGGGCAAGGUGCUGUUCAAUUCGUCCGUUUACAAGCUCGGCUCCGAGCGACACUACAAGAUCAACGCGCACAAGUCGGCACACUACGUGCACCAUCUGCUGCGGGUGGAUCCUGGCAACGGGCAGGUCAGCCUGAAGCGCAAGCUGCAGUGCGACGGGAUCUACUAUCCCACCCUGUUCACGUUCUACGUCGACUCGACCUCGAACCGGCUGCGUAGCAUCGACUACUACAGCCUCCCGAUAAGGAUAUUCAUCGUUGGGCACAAUUGUUCCGACGAGGACGAAGCGGUGGCGGCCAGCUUCCGGAAGCUGUUCGAGGAGGAUGAUACCGGCUAUCAGCAUCAUCAUCACACUCACGAGCGGUACCGAAGGGCGGUGGGGCCGGUGUACCGAUUGGUGAAGGAUGUGCAGGAUGAGCCCUUGCCUGCACUUGAGGAGGAAGAAGAAGACACGGAGGAGAUCGAACAGCAGCGGAGAAUGUACGGCGAGUACCGGGGUGACCGGUUCACGUACUAUCGGUCCGAGUACCCCUGGCUGGCGGCAACCGACAGCGUCACCAACUACACGACGUUCCGGGAGGGUGACAUCCUGUACGACACGGUGCUGGAGAACGCGUACCGGCAUAACAUUCUUAGCCGGAAGCGUCGCGAGAUACGAGAUCUGCCGGCAGACCGGAUACACCGCAAGAUAGCGGACGCGAAGCAGUGGAUCUCGGAGACGUUCGCGUCGUACGCGAUCCACACGACCGAUCGGUGGAAAAAAAUCUGCCUCAAGCGGUCGCAGUUCAUCAACUCGAUCACGGCGUUCCUGCCGAAAACGGUAAUGAAUCACUGCACCGUGCGAUAUUUGGACGUGAACGACGAGCGAUUCGAGAUCGAGACGCGCUCCGGUGAUCUGAUCGCGACGGGUGAUCUCUGCAUCCCGGAGACGCUCUGGAAGGUGAUCAUCACGUACAGCGUGCGGUGUGAUCGGCGCGACAUUGUGGACGCCGAUCAUCGGCUGAAGAUCGUCUACCAUCAUCAGGAGCUGAACGACACGGAUAUUGCGCGGCGGGUGCGGAGGGAGCUACGCAACCAGAGCCCGUACUUCGAGCAGGCGCUCUACGUGGCUUCGGUGCUCGAGGAACAGCCGGUCGGAGCGAGUGUUACGACGGUGCGCGCCCGAGACCCGGAGGAAUCACCGGUCGUGUACUCGCUCGUGUCGCUGCUCGAUUCGAGGUCGCAGGCAAUGUUUAAGGUGGACUCGCGAACCGGCGUCGUGACAACGUCAGCCACGCUCGAUCGCGAGCUGAUGGAUGUGCACUACUUUCGCGUGAUCGCCACCGACGACAGCUUUCCACCGCGCUCCGGCACCACGACGUUGCAGGUGAACGUGCUGGACUGCAACGAUCACACGCCGACGUUCGAGGCCGAGCAGUUCCACGCGACGGUCCGGGAGGGUGUCAGUGUCGGCUCGACCGUGAUUACGAUUCGCGCGACCGACCAGGACAUUGGCAAGAACGCCGAUAUUGAGUACAUGAUCACGAGCAUCACCGGGGAACACCACCAGACGUCGGCGGAGGAACAUGCUGGCCCCGGCGAUGGAGACGAUGGAACGCCGCCAGUGCGAGACGACGACAGUGCGCACAAGUUCCGAAUCGAUGCCCGGAGUGGCACCAUUUCGACGCGCAGUGCCUUGGAUCGGGAGGUGUCCGGCAUGUACACGAUCACGGUGACGGCAACCGACAUGGCCACCCCGCAGUCGGAGCGCAAAUCGGCCACGACGACGGUGCUGGUGAAGAUCCUGGACGACAACGACAACUAUCCGCAGUUCAGUGAGCGCACCUACACGGUGCAGGUUCGUGAGGACCAGUGGGCAAACGAGAACAACGUCAUCGCGCACAUCCAGGCGACGGAUGCAGAUCAGGGCAACAACGCCGCGAUUCGCUACGCCAUUAUCGGCGGAAAUACGCAAUCACAGUUUUCCAUCGACUCGAUGAGCGGUGACGUGUCGCUGGUGAAGCCGCUGGACUACGAGAGCGUCCGCAGCUACCGGCUGGUGAUCCGGGCGCAGGACGGUGGCAGUCCGUCGCGCUCCAACACGACCCAGCUGCUGGUGAACGUGCUCGAUGCGAACGAUAAUGCGCCCCGUUUCUACACGUCCCAGUUCCAGGAGGCCGUGCUCGAGAGCGUUCCUGUCGGGUACAACAUUGUGCGCGUGCAGGCGUACGACUCGGACGAGGGGGCCAACUCGGAGAUUACGUACAGCAUCCAGAACCGGGACGACGGAAUGCCGCUGGCGGUCGAUCCGCGCACCGGAUGGAUUCACACGACGAAGGCGCUCGAUCGGGAGGAGCAGAGCCGGUACAGCUUCCAGGUGGUCGCCGUCGACGGUGGCAUUCCGCCGAAGUCGGCCAGCACGUCGGUGAUCGUCACGAUACAGGACGUGAACGACAACGAUCCGACGUUCAGCCCGAAGUACUACGAGGCGAUGCUGGCGGAGGAUCAACCGCCGGGCACGCCGGUGACGACCGUGACGGCCACCGAUCCGGAUGAGGACUCGCGGCUGCACUACGAGAUAACGGCGGGAAACACGCGGGGUCGCUUUGCAAUUACGUCGCAGAAUGGGCGCGGGUUGAUCACGAUCGCGCAACCGCUCGACUACAAGCAGGAGCGUCGGUUCGCGUUGACCAUCACGGCGACCGACAGUGGCCAGCGGACGGAUACGGCCAUCGUGAACAUCAACAUCACUGAUGCGAACAACUUUGCGCCAGUGUUUGAGAACGCCCCGUACAGUGCGUCGGUGUUUGAGGACGCACCGAUCGGCACGACCGUGCUGGUCGUAUCGGCCACGGACAGUGACGUCGGCAUUAACGCACAGAUUACGUACCUGCUGAACGAUGAGUCGGUGAACGGACUGGGAGCGAAUGAACCGUUCGCAAUAAACGCACAAACUGGCGCGAUCGUGACGAACGCCAAGCUCGAUCGGGAAAGCACGAGCGGGUACCUGCUGACGGUGACGGCCAAAGACGGUGGCAACCCUUCGCUCAGCGACACGACCGACGUGGAGAUCGCCGUGACGGACGUGAACGACAAUGCGCCGGCGUUUAAGGUCCCGUUGUACCAGGCGACGAUCCCGGAGGACGCGCUGAUCGGCACGUCGGUGGUGCAGAUCGGUGCCACUGACGCUGACAUGGGCCUGAAUGGGCGGGUGAAGUACGCGCUCGCCCAAAAGGACGUCGACGAGGGUUCUUUCGUGGUGGAUCCGAUCUCCGGUGUGAUCCGCACGAACAAGGGACUCGAUCGCGAGAGCAUCCCGGUGUACCAUCUGACGGCGAUCGCGAGCGACAAGGGCACGCCAACGAUGAGCAGCAGCGUGGAGGUACAGAUCCGGCUGGACGACGUGAACGACUCGCCGCCGACCUUCGCCUCGGACAAGCUGACGCUGUACGUGCCGGAGAACAGCCCGGUUGGGUCGGUCGUGGGUGAGAUCUAUGCACACGAUCCGGACGAGGGUGUGAACGCGAUCGUACACUACUCGAUCAUCGGUGGUGACGAUUCGAACUCGUUCUCGCUCGUUACCCGACCCGGAUCGGACCGGGCGCAGCUGCUGACGAUGACCGAGCUGGACUACGAGUCGCCCCGGAAGCGCUUCGAGCUGAUCAUACGAGCAGCGAGUCCUCCGCUGCGUAACGACGUCUACGUAGAGGUACUGGUAACGGACGUGAACGACAAUGCGCCCGUCUUGCGCGACUUCCAGGUCAUCUUCAACAACUUCCGCGACUGCUUCCCGAGUGGAGUGAUCGGGCGGAUACCGGCGUUCGAUGCUGACGUCACGGACCGCUUGACCUACCGCAUUCUGUCGGGGAACAAUGCGAACCUGCUGCGCUUGAAUAGUUCAACCGGAGGGCUUACGCUUAGCCCGCAGCUGAACACGAACGUGCCCAAGUUCGCCACGAUGGAGGUGUCGGUGACGGAUGGGAUUAACGAGGCGAAGGCGAUCAUGCAGCUGAUUGUGCGGCUCAUCACGGAGGACAUGCUGUUCAACUCGGUCACGGUGCGGCUGGACGAGAUGACGGAGGAAGCGUUCCUGUCGCCGCUGCUUAGCUUCUUCCUCGACGGGCUGGCCGCCAUCAUCCCGUGCCCGAAGGAAAACAUAUUCCUGUUCUCCAUCCAGGAGGACAUCGACGUCAGCGGGAAGAUACUGAACGUCAGCUUCUCCGCCCGACGGCCGGAUGUCGCGUUCGAGGAGUACUACAGCUCGCAGUACCUUCAGGAGCGCAUUUACCUGAACCGGGCCAUCCUGGCCAGGUUGGCGACGGUACGUGUGCUCCCAUUCGACGACAACCUGUGCGUGCGGGAACCUUGCCUGAACUACGAGCAGUGCCUUUCGGUGCUUAAGUUCGGCAACGCAUCCGGCUUCAUCCACAGCGACACGGUGCUCUUCCGUCCGAUUCACCCGGUCAACACGUUCGCCUGCAAGUGUCCGGAGGGUUUUACCGGCAGCAAGGAGCACUAUCUGUGCGACACGGAGGUUGACCUGUGCUACUCGGACCCCUGUGCGAACGGGGGUAGCUGCGUGCGCAAGGAGGGUGGCUACUCGUGCGUCUGCUCCGAAGCGUACACCGGCGUAAAUUGCGAAACGGCCAUCACCAGCCUCAAGCCGUGCGUCUCGGAGGUGUGCGGUGAUGGGUACAGUUGCCUCUCGAGUGGCCACGGCGGCCACUGGCCACCGUAUACGAAAACCUGCGAGCUAAUGUCACGUUCGUUCUCGCGCAACUCGUUUCUCACGUUCCCGGGCAUGCGACAGCGACAUCGGUUCAACAUACGGCUCCGUUUUGCGACCGUGCGUGACAGUGGCCUGCUGCUGUACAAUGGACGCUACAACGAACAGCACGAUUUCAUCGCGCUGGAGAUCAUUAACGGGCGCGUACUGUUUUCGUUUUCGCUCGGCGAUCGCGUUGAAUCGGUGACGGUAAACCAGCGGCGGAAGGUUUCCGACGGUAACUGGCACACGGUGGAGGUACGCUACUUCAACCGCACGGUACUGCUCUCGCUGGACAGCUGCGAUACGGCCACGGCUUUGGCGGAGCUCGGCGAGCGUUGGAACUGUGCGAAUCAGACGACACUCGUGCUGGACCGUCGGUGUGCGUCUCUCGUCGAACCGUGCCAUCGAUUUUUCGACCUAACGGGCCCGCUGCAGGUCGGCGGGUUGCCAAAGAUUCCGGCCAACUUCCCGAUCAAAUCGCACAGCUUCGUGGGCUGCAUCUCGGAUCUGUACAUCGACCAUCGGUACGUGGAUCUCGGGGCGUACAUUGCGGAUAACGGUACGGUCGCGGGAUGCCCGCAGAAGGCGGCCUCUUGUGCAUCGGAACCGUGUUUCAACGGAGGCACCUGUCGGGAGGGCUGGGGCGAAGGGUGGGAAUGCGAUUGUCCGGAUGGGUUCACGGGAAACGCGUGCCAGGAAUCGGUGGCGCUCCCGUGGCGCUUCCAGGGUGAUGGCAUUCUCAGCUUCAACCCGCUGCUGCGUCCCAUCCAGCUGCCCUGGCUAACGGCGUUCUCGGUGCGCACUCGCAAGCGCGAUACGUUCGUGAUGGAGAUUCAGGUGGGCCAGAAUAGCUCGGCCGUGGUUUCGUUGCGCGAUGGCACACUGCAGUACGCGUACAACGGGGAACCGGUGCAGUUGGUCGGCGCCGACUUGGCCGAUGGGCGGUGGCACCGGGUGGAGAUCAAGUGGAUGGGCACGGAGGUCUCGCUGACGGUGGACUACGGUCAGCGUAACGGCGUGCUGCCAGUGUCGCAGAAGAUCCAAGGGUUGUACGUGGGACGGAUCGUCAUCGGCGGACUGGAGGGUACGAUCGGGCAGCAACACUAUGGUGGCGGAUCAUCGGAGAACUUCGAGGGAUGCAUUCAGGAUGUGCGCGUCGGUGGUGUGCAGUCGGUGCUGAAGCGACCGACGGUGCGUGAGAACGUCGUGGAUGGGUGCACCUCGAACGCCCGGUGUCCGGAGACCGGUUGUCCGGAGGAAUCGAUCUGCGUGAGCAACUGGGACGAGGCAUACUGCGAGUGCCUGCAUGGGUACGUUGGUGUCGACUGCAAGCCGGUGUGCACGGUGAAACCCUGCUCGGACAAUGGAGUGUGCCGAGCGGACACGGCCAACGUGAAGGGUUACCGGUGCGAGUGCAACAGCACGCUCAGCUCGGGCGAAUACUGCGAGAACACGAUCCAGCAACCGUGCCCGGCCGGAUGGUGGGGUGAACGUAGCUGUGGCCCCUGCAAGUGCAACGUGAAGCAGGGCUAUCAUCCGAACUGCGACAAAACCACCGGCCAGUGCUACUGCCGGGAGAACCACUACCAACCGGUUAACGACACUACGUGCCUGCCUUGCGAGUGCUACGCCGUCGGCUCGUACGGUAAGUCGUGCAACAGCUCGGGCCAGUGCGAGUGUCGGGAGGGUGUGAUUGGUCGUCGGUGCGACUCCUGCUCGAACCCGUACGCCGAGGUCACACUGAACGGGUGCGAAGUUGUGUACGAUGGUUGUCCGAAGUCGCACUCGGCCGGUCUCUGGUGGCCCCGCACGGCGUUCGGUGAGCUGGCGGUGGAAAACUGCCCGGCACCGGCCCGGGGUAAGGGAACGCGUCGUUGCGACCAGGUACAGAGCGGCUGGGGUGCACCGGACAUGUUCAACUGCACGUCGGAAGCGUUCCUCGAUCUGCGCAAACAACUGUCCCAGAUCGAAGUGGACGGACUCGAGCUGAACACGUUCAUUUCGGUGAAGGUUGCCGCCACACUGCAGCAAGCGUGUGUGACCGUCGGUGGACAACAGCAUGCCGGGCCGGAUCGUACACCCGGCGAUACGUCCCGCAUGAACGACUACUACACGAUCGAUCGAGAGAGCGGGGGAAAGGGCGUAUGGCGCGAGGAUGACUUCGAGCUGGACUACCUGAUGAACGAUGGGCAGUCGUUCGUGCAGAGCAAGCUAUAUGGGGCCGAUCUGCUGAUUACCAACCGGCUGUUACACGAGCUGAUGCGCUACGAGUCGUUCCAGGCCGGAUUGAACCUUUCGCACAGCCAGGACAAACAUUACGUGCGUAAUUUGGUGGAGAGUGCCGGGGAAAUUCUGGACCGUCGGUACGCUGGCGAGUGGCGCCGGGUUCACGAUCUAACCGGACGCGGUCCGGACGAGCUGAUCGAUGCAUUCAACCGCUACAUGAUCGUACUCGCUCGCUCGCAGCACGACACCUACACGAACCCGUUCGAGAUCGUGCACAAGAACAUGGCGCUCGGGAUGGACAUUGUGACAUCGGAGUCGCUGUUCGGGUACGAGUCGCAAAUGGUGAAACAGCGUGAGCAGCAGCAGGGUAGCAAGCUCCAACACCACCAGGUGGUGCACCACGCGGAAACGGUCAUCCUGCCGGACACGAGUUCCUUCCUGCAGAGCUCACCCAAGCAGAAGCAUCCGUACAUUGCCUUCCCGAAGUACAACAACUACAUCCAGGAUCGGUCAAAGUUUGAUCGGCAUACGCGCGUACUCGUGGCGCUCGACAUGCUCGGCAUCAUACCGCCGGACAAGAACGAGGUGGUGAGCACGAUCGCGGAGCAUCGGGCCAUCUUCACGUACGCCCAGUACAAGGACGCCGGCGAGCUGUUUCCGGCCAAUUACGAUGAAACCGUUACGCGCCGCUGGGGCGUGGACAUGCAGAUUGCCAGCAGUGUGCUCUCGAUCGCAAUCGUCACACCGGAAUCGGCCGCAACGGGCUCAACGGGGAAGGAAUCGGUUUCGGUUCCCAGUGGGGACACGAACCACGUGGAAACAAUGGCACCACCGCAAACGAAAGCACAGCAGCCCAACGAAAAGCUCACGAUGAACGAGAUCAAAAUAUCCAUUCACGAUAUGAGUGAUCGCGAGGAAGGUUUGGAUACGCUUGACCAGCACGCCCCGGAGGUACCGAUGGUCGGGUCGCCCGACGGUGGUGGAGACCCAGAGGACUACUUCCACGGAGGAAGCGUCCCGGAAACGGUAGUACUGUCCAGGAGCGAACAAAUGUCCUCCGCCGAGCUUCGAUCGUCUGAAGUUGGCUCGGAACGUCGCAAGCGCCGCAGGAACGUCGUAACGGCGGAAGGUGUGGGCACGAGUGCUUCGUCGGCCGAGAUGGACGUAGAAUCAUCCCGCACGAAUUACGUGCCCCUCGGGCAACCGCAUUUGCCUCAGGCGGUAAAACUGCAAAUGUGGUUAAAUAUUCCGCGGAAUCGGUUCGUGCCCCGCUCGAAUCCACAGUGCGUACGAUGGAAUACGCACUCGAACCUGUGGACUCGCAUCGGCUGUCAGACGGAGAUUCCCAAUUACGAAGCGAUCGGACACAACGAUACGAUUACGGUGAACUGUACGUGCAAUCAGCUCGCUACCUACGCCGUACUGGUGGACGUCAUCGAUCCAGAGGACAUUCCCGAACCAUCGCUGCUGGUGCAGAUCACUUCGUACUCAGCGUUCCUACUGUCGCUACCUAUUCUGCUUGCGGUGAUUAUUUCCCUGGCGCUACUGCGUGGACUUCAGACCAACUCCAACAGCAUCCACCAGAAUCUGCUCUUCUGCAUCUUCACCGCCGAACUGUUGUUCUUCGUUGCCAUACAGGCUCGCCGGGAGUUGCUGGAUAACGAGUUCCCGUGUAAACUGGUGGCCAUUGCGCUUCACUACUCGUGGCUAGCGGCAUUUGCGUGGACAACGGUGGAUUGUGUUCAUCUGUACCGAAUGCUGACGGAGAUGCGCGACAUCAACCACGGACCGAUGGGAUUCUAUCAUACCAUCGGUUACGGUGCACCGGCACUACUCGUCGGACUGUCGGUUGGAGUGCGUGUGCACGAGUAUGGAAACAGUUUAUUCUGCUGGCUAUCCGUUUACGAAUCCGUGAUCUGGUGGAUGGUUGGACCGAUCGCCAUCGUUUCCGUGUUUGAUCUGUUCAUACUAUUCCUCUCGGUGAAGGCGGCCUUCACGAUCAAGGACCACGUGCUCGGAUUCGGAAACCUACGUACACUGCUCUGGCUUUCGGUCGUGUCGCUUCCGCUACUAGGCAUCAUGUGGGUGCUGGCCGUACUGUCUGCGUCGGAUAACUCCCAGCUACUUAAUAUGCUCCUAUCGGCGGUGGUAAUCAUGCAUUCGCUGUUCUCCGUAAUCGGCUACUGUAUCAUCAACAAACGUGUUCGCGAAAACCUGCACAACGCCUUCCUGCGGUGCAUCGGACGUAAGGUACCACUGCUCGACUCAUCGAUCGCCAUCAGCAGCAGCUCCCAGAACGUGGGUUCUCCGAAAACGCCCGGGUUUGCCGGUGGUCCUUCCGGUGGCGGGCAGUACGAGACAGCCCGGCGUAACAUCGGCAUCAGCACCUCCAGUACGACCUCACGUAGCACGGCCAAGACGAGCUCGAGCCCGUACCGAAGCGACGGGCAGUUCCGGCACACGUCUACAUCCACCUCAAACUACAACAGUGACGGUGUAGCGUCGUACAUGCGUGGCCACUACGAAGAAAGCGCACUGCGCAAGAUCAAGAAUGGCCAGGGCCAGGGACGGCACGGUGAUGGCGAACGACGUAGCCACCGACGGCACCGGCGGGACUCGGAUUCGGGUAGUGAAACGGAUGGACGCAGUCUGGAGCUUGCCUCGAGCCACUCGAGUGACGACGAGGAGUCGCGCGUUGGAAGAAAUAGUAGCACACACCGAAGCACCGGAGUGUGCAGCACUUCGUACCUUCCGAACAUUACAGAGCAUGUGGCGACCACACCACCGGAGCUGCACGUCGUCCAGAGCCCACAGCUUUUCCCGAAUGUUACGCCUACUAGAUGGCCCAAUCAAAACGCAGGCAACUAUUUGCCUCCCGGAAAUGGACGAUGGUCACAAGAAACUGGAUCUGACAAUGAGGCCCACCCGCACAAAUCGCCCACCAAUGGCGGUUCGCUGCCAAACCCGGACAUUACGGAAACUUCGUACCUGCAUCAGAACCGCAUGAACAUGCCACCGUCGAUACUGGAAAACAUUCAGGAGAACUACAACAUCGGCUACUCAAACACGGACCUGCACAGUGACCGCAACUAUAGCAACUACGGACCGACGGACAAGUACGUGCCGCCAACGGACUACGCCAAGCGCUACGACACGCAAUCGACGGCGAACCCGGCAAGCACACUUCCGCACCACUACGCGUCGUCGGUGAACGGAAGUGGUGGUGGUGUGCCGAUCGCGGAAGCGCGCCACACCGGCUCGAUGCAGAUCAUCAAUCAUAUGCGCGCGUACCAGCACGAGAAUCCGUACGCGCUGAAGGAAUCACUCUACGAACGGUCGCGCACUCUCGGCUAUGGGGCCGGCACUGGUGGAGCGGAAUCACCGUACCACGGGCUGGGAACACCGGCCGAUCUCUACAGUCCGCCGGGCUCGCACGCCAUGUCGUUCAAAUCGAGCGUUCAGUCGCUGCUCAAAAACGACUAUCAGCAACAACAACGCCAGCAACAGCAGCAGAUUAAACACCAUGGAGGUGGUGGGGGUGACUCCGACAGGAUGUCCGAAGGUUCUGACAAAAACCCGUACAACUUCCCGUACACCGCCGAAGAGGACCACCUGGUGCACAGUAGCAGUAACGGCCACAAUGGGGUGGGAGGAGGCCGUAUGUCGCACCACCCGGGAAUGGACGGUCUCGGUGGGCACUUGGACUCUCACCAUACCUCUUCUCCUCCGCCACCGCUCCUAAUGCGCGGAACGGAUGGCAUUUCACCGGCACCGUUGCAAUCGCUCGGCCAACUGACCGGUGGAAAUGAUGCACCCAAUGACGAUGAUGAAACAACUGUUUAAGUUGUGACAAACUCCAAAGCCAUGUAGACGAUUGCAGUGAAAAAUAGAACAAAGACUCUCCCGGUCCUACGGGACUGGUAGAAUGAUCUUCCACCGUGUGCUACCUAGACACAACACCCUGUGUGCUCUCUACCCAUCCUCUCUAACUGAUCCAACCCCCCCGACGGAAUGCUACUUGCAUCUUCGUUGAGCGGUUGAUGCCCGCUCAAAAGGCGCGUGCAUAUACAUAUAGAUUUAAGAAGAAGCAAGCGAAACGAAAACGAGACCAGAGACAAAGUUUUUGUAUCAUAUUUAUACUACAUAUAACCAAUAGCUUUGAUAUAUUCCCGCGUGGCAAGCUCAAACGGUGGGCUGCGUUCGUUUUUGGAUGUAUAUAUUUAUACAGAGCUACUCUAGGAUCUAUUGAUUGUGGUCGUAUUUUAUCCAUCCCCUUCCCUCCGCUACCGCUUUUUUGCUGUAAACGGUUCUUUUCUCCGGGCUCGAUCGAUGGCCCAACGAGGCGCGUGGGUUUUUUUUUAUUUAUGCAAAAGUGUAAAACAUGCACGAUUCAAGAUGGUUCCACCGAAAUUUGUAUGAUGCAACAUUAACGACCUGCCAGGGUCUUUCACAAGCAACAGUGGAAAGGAACGAUCGAAAUUGUAGUAGAAACGCUGCUUGUUUAGUGCACGCUUUACUAGCCGGUCUAUUUAUCGGCGGCAGAUUGAGAAAAAAAAACGAACUGCCUUGCAUACCGAAAGAUCAACUGCCUUGAGUAUUACGAUGUUGUUACACACCAGAAAAAGGUCGCUUAUCAUUGAAUCACAUCGACAGCGGUUAGGUGCGUAAAAAGUUAGUAGAAUAUUAGUAGACGCAUGGGAUGCUUUUUACGCGACGUUAUUUCGGUUUGGAGAAUACAACAUUCGAUCGAUCGCAAGUCAAGAAUAAAACAAAAAACAUGACAAAUACAUUUAAACGAACAAUGCAAGUGCCUGAACGUAGGUGAAUUUCGGUUAGGUUUGAUUUAGUUCCCUUUAUCGCGAGCUCAGUCGCCUGCUUCGAUUCGAUUUUAAAAUUGCACAUUCUCGUUAGAAGGAGAGCGUACACGACGCAGCGCUAUUUUAGUAGAUAUUAAUAUGCAUUGUAACAUUAGAAUCAUUAGACCACCUUCUUCAAAAGCGAAAUCGCUGCCAGAUUCCACUGCCCGGAUCAACAUCCUUAGCGUAGACGGUGGGCGUAAGAUAGGCAGACAAAAGGCGGAUGUUGCAGGCUGGAUUGGAUUUCCAGCCAGAGCUUAAACGUUUGAAAAGACUUAUUACUUGUGCUACUUUUACUUAUGCCAUACCGAUUACGGUGCGUUUUCAGGUAAAUUAUUUUAGACCAUAGGAUCGACGCUUUCUCCCCUACUCCACAAGAGUUUUUAGACUUUGCUUUGCCCCCGUAGCGGGUGUGAUUUGUAUGCCUAUAGGUUUUAAUUUUUUCUCGUUCCCAGUGGUGAUAGUUUACAAACACAUUCCAUCCAUUGAUUUUAUCUCAAUCUUAGUUCUUAGUUCGCAACCGCCGUGAUCACGUGAUCAUCCUCCUCAUCGAGGUCAAAGUACAACAAUGAUGUGGUUGGGUGGGUGCUGAACAACAUUCCAGUGAUAUUUUAUUUUUCGUACUUGAGAUUUAAAAAAAAAGCGGACCAGUUUUAGUUAGACAAACAUUUACCUUACUUUGGGCCCGCAAGUCUCCUUCGUGCGGUGUGCGUCUAUGUAUGUAUGUACGUUUUAAAAGUGUUUUUAAUGUUUGAACAAUCCAUCUCUCACAUCAUUUUCCGUUCCUUCGCCCUAAUGCGCUGCUGUGUGCAUCAAUUUUUGGUUUAAGUUUUGCGUGCUAGAAAACUCCGCCGGUUACUGAAUAGGAACUAUAUAAAAACUGACUGUGUAAUGCAAAAGUGAGAUUUUUUUAAUUUAAACUGCUUUAGUGUAUUAGCAUUUCAUAGGCAAUAAGGAGGGACGAGCGAAUUCGGUUCGGUACAGACCAACCAUUGCGCAAUGGAGGAAAGGACGAAAGAACUCUGGAUACCUGAUGGUAUCAGGUUCCAGGAAUUGGAUAGACGAAAAUAUAAGAUAGACGCGUGGCGGUGCCAGAUUUUAUAUACUCUGUUCCAGGAGCAUGAAAUAUUGAAGGGGAAAGGGAAAAAUGAAAGGAAACAAAAUAAAUCUCUUUGAAUAUG